AACGCGCAGCGCUCCAACUCAUUUUUGAUGAUGGACUUAAAAAAUUCUCAUACCUCCGCGGACUUCUGAAUCACCUCCAUCUGCAUUUAACUCAGUAGUACUUUCAAGUACUUUCAGAAUCAUCCUGUUCUCAGUUUCGUCCCUUGGAAAUGUGGUCCUUCUUCUUCCUGCUGUCCUGCAGUGUCGGCGGGCUGGACGGCAUGACCGGGCCGACACCGAGUGACCGGGUGCUGACGCCAACACCGCAGGCGAGCGUCAGAAACGAUCUUUCCUCGAGGGAGCCCGAGCGACCCACUGCAAAACCUCUGGAAGACGAACAGAACCGAGAGAGCGUCCGCCAGUUGCUUGGAGACUAUGACAAAGUCAGGACUGUAUCAUCAGGUUCUGACUGUGUCUGUCGUUGCACUGUACGACCCAUCAGAAUUCCUCGGGGCAGCCAAGAGACCAGUGACCAGACGUGUGUCCAGGAGGAGUCCUACACACUGACCAUAGAGACUUCUGGCUCUGACUGUCGGAGGUGUGAAUGCACGGCUCCUCUGUCAGCUGUUCUCCGCUCCAAACAACUGAUGAAGGGAAGCCAUGUCAGGGCUGUUACUAACGGAAAAAGUGCUGAAGGCAAGGCAAAAGAAAAAGACAAGAAGAGUCUGCAGAAGAAAAAGAAGACAAAUAAUUCAAAGUUGGAAGAUGAUGAAGGACAGAGAAAUGUCCAAACUACUAACAAGCAAGAGAGGCAACAGACAACUACGAAUAAGACUAAAGCAGUUAAAGUGGAGUCAAAGGAGACCAUCAAAGACAGAAGCAGCAAGGUCAUCAGGGGCUGGACAUUUUACAUGGCAGAAGGAGCCCAUUUGCCGGUGGAGAAGGAGAGACAGAAAAGUGUAGAUCAGUCCGUGGAUGUGCAGCUCUCAGAUGGGCACACAGUCACCAUUCAUCCUAUAGUCUCACCUGCGGUUCAAACCAAACCCACUGCAACUUCAACGGCAGCUACAGAAGACUCUAAACCCACAGCUCAAUCACAUGUGCAACAAACUACAAAGCAACUACCCCAAGUGACACCAGUGAAGCAUCCAACAACUCCACUGACAACAGUUCUAAGCUCACCCAUGACCACUCGUCAUGCAGGAGCUCGAAGCCGACUCGGAUGGAGUGAGAGUCUAGACCAACAGCCCAAACCGACAACCACACCGGCUAUGUGCAAAGACACGGUGGCCAGUAUUUCAGAACCAGUCCUACACAACUCUUAUGGCCUCAGCGAUGGAAUCUGGAUGAAAGAUGCACGUGGUCACGGCAAUGUCAUUUACCUGACCAAUGGUCACUAUGGCAAUGAGUUGCUGGAGUUCAGAGACAUGACAACCUUCAAGCUAGGUCAGGUCAGUAAUUCCUACAAGCUUCCCUACAGCUACACUGGCACCAGCCAUGUGGUGUUUAAUGGAGCACUAUACUACAACCGGGCCUUCAGCCGGGACGUGAUCAGAUAUGACCUCAGACAAAGAUAUGUGUCGGCCUGGACUACACUGCACGAUGCUAUCCUCGAGGAACAAUCUCUCAGAAGUCGGACCGAUGUGGAGUUUGCAGUGGACGAGUCCGGGAUAUGGCUAGUUUAUCCCGCUCUGGACACCGAGGGCUUCCACCAAGAAGUGAUCCUGCUCAAUCAUGUCCGGCCUCGAGAUCUCCAGACAAUCAGAAGCUUCCGCACGGGUCUCAGGCGAGGUUACUACGCCAACAUCUUUCUGGUGUGCGGCGUACUCUACGGUGUGGACGCCAUGAACCGACACCAUGCGAAUGUGACUUAUGCCUUUGACACACACACUCUCACUCACACUGUGCCAAAUUUGGCCUUCGUCAACACACACUCACACACCACCCAGCUAACUUAUUGUCCACUGGACAAGAAGCUGUAUGCCUGGGACAAUGGACAUCAGAUGACGUAUGACAUCGUUUUUGCCUAUUAGUUAAGUGCAGAGUAAUUUAAGAAAAGUUAUUAUAAAUGUGUAGUUGAUUAUGAUGAGAAUCUUCUGGAAAAAAAAGGGAUUGUUACAAAACACUUUGUUAGCAAUGUAGGUAACUAGUGAUGUGUGCGAGGCUUCAUGAAACCUCAUUAUCAGUGCUCAGUACGUCAAAAAUAAUUUGACGUUUCAUUGCAAUGGUUGUCAAAAGCCAAGGAUUUUAGAACAGAGAGUGCCAUGUCGUGUCUACAUCUGAAAAUCCAGACACUGUUUCAUGAAGCCUCGUAAGACCAACAGUACACUUAAAGAGCCAGGGAUAAAAAGUUGUGACCUGGUUUGGCCAUCCUUGAUGUAAAUGUUCCGACGCAGGGCUACUUUUCAAAACCAAUCUACUGCCACAUCAGUCAACAGUUGACAUUUUUUAUU